UUGCAUAUAUUUUUGUUUACACCGCCUUAAUUUUCUUAAAAAAAACUGUGUUUUCUUCUCUUAUUUAUAAUUUAAAUUUAAUUUCAAUUAAAUACAAUAUAAAAUAUAUAUAAAAAUAUAAAAAAAAAUGGAAGUAGAUUACGAUGAAGAAGGUUGGCGUGGCCGUAGCAAACCGGGAGAAGAUGAAGAAAUGCUCGAGGAAAACCCCCAAGAAACUAUCCAAGAAUGUCUUGAGAAAUUCUUCACACCCGAUUACAUCAUGGAACCAGGAAUAUUCACUCAAUUAAAAAGAUACUUCCAAUCGGGCGGCAGUCCCGAAGAAGUCAUUACAAUGCUUUCAGAAAAUUACAAAGCUGUCGCUCAAAUGGCUAAUUUAUUAGCUGAAUGGUUAAUAUUAGCUGGAGUCAAAGUAACGGAUGUUCAAGCGAUGGUUGAGAAUCAUUUAAAAGAUAUGAUCUUAAAGACUUUCGAUCCGAAAAAAGCCGAUACAAUUUUUACCGAAGAAGGUGAAACUCCGGAUUGGUUGACGGAAAUGAUUGACCAUCCGACAUGGCGUUCAUUGAUUUAUCGUUUAGCCGAAGAGUAUCCAGAUUGUUUAAUGUUGAAUUUUACAAUUAAAUUGAUUUCCGAUGCUGGAUUUCAAAGUGAAAUUACUUCAAUAUCGACGGCGGCUCAGCAAAUUGAAGUCUUUUCGAGGGUUUUGAAAACUUCAAUUACAAAGUUUUUAAAUAAUCCCGAAGAUAUACAGUCUGCUAUUCAGGAAUGUGCAAGAAUGGUUUGUCAUGGUCAGCAUACUUAUGUUUAUAGUCAGGUUUUGGUUCAGGUUUUGUCACAAGAACCAAAAGGUGGAUUUAAUAUGAAACGGCUGUCGCAGGAGAUUACUAAAUAUGCCUUAACCAACAAUCAAAAUGUAACUCCUAUUACAAUGGCUUUGAACGGUUCAGCAACUUAUCCACAGGCUUGUCAAGCUCUGUCCUCCAUGCUCUCAAGAAACACCCUCAAUCCAGCCGAUAUUACAGUUCUCUAUCGGAAUUACACGGCACAAGAUCCACCUCCAAUUGAUUUGAUCAGAGAUCCUCAGUUUCUUGAGCUUUUGGUUGAUUCUUUAUUCAAACUUGGAGUCAAGAUCAAUCCAGAGCACAAGUCAAAGUACAUAUUCCUCUUGGCCUAUGCAUCGAGUGUUGUUGAUACUCCGGUCAAAAAGAGGCCACAAACUGAACGUGUUCUCAAUAAGGACGAGUUAAAGGCUACUAUUCAAGCUAUAGAAAAAGUACACACGAUUUGCAACACCACAAAAGGAUCUACGGAACUAAUUGCUGAGUUGCAAACGCUUUACAAUUGUAUUAAAUUUCCAGUCGUUGGAGUUGGUGUGAUUCGAUGGAUUGAAAAUACAGUCACAGAGCCUUCAUAUUUCAAACUAACUACGGACAGUUGUCCGACGCAUUUGGCAAUUCUUGAUGAGGUUGCUUCUGUUCAUGCCACUUUGCAUUAUCAGAUUCUUCGGUUGCUGAUUCGAUUGUUCGAAUCGAAACAAGACGAGCUGGAGAUUCUCGUUCAGUUAGAAAUGAAGAAAAUGUUGUUGGAUCGUAUGGUGAAUUUACUAACUCGUGGCUGUGUGGUUCCUGUAGUCAAGUACAUUAAACAAUGUUGUGCCAAAGGUGACACUGAUAUAUCGUUGAUUCGAUAUUUUGUUACUGAAGUCCUCGAGACCAUUACACAUCCUUAUUCACCAGAAUUUGUGCAAUUAUUUUUGCCUAUGGUCGAGAAUGAAGAAAUCACCGGGACGAUGAGAGGUGAGGGAGAUAAUGAUCCGGUAUCGGAAUUUAUUGUACAUUGCAAGGCGCAUUAUACAACAGUUUGAUAAAUGGAAUUGGUAACAAAUUUAAUUGAAAUGGAAAAUAAAGACUUUUGGGAAAAGAACAAGAA